AUGAUCGUAGCGUAUGCCCAAACCGGGCAUCUUGGCGAGGCCGAGGCGCUCUUCGAUUCGAUGCCGCAGCGCACGGUCGUCACCUGGAACGCGAUGAUCGCGGCCUACGCGAGGAAUUCGUGCCUCCGCGACGCCAAGGUCGCCUUCGAUCGGAUGCCCCAGUGGAGCGUCGUGUCGUGGAGCUCCAUCGUGGGGGCGCUGGCCAAGAACACGCGCGUGGGCGAGGCCAAGGCGGCGUUCGACGCCAUGGCGGAGAGGAACGCCGCCGCCUGGAACACGAUGAUCGCGGCCUACGCGCAGUCGAGCCAGCUCGAAUCGGCCAUGGCGCUCUUCGACGCGAUGAAGCUCGAGGGGAUCCAGCCGGACGCGAACACGUUCACGGUGGUGCUGGGGGGAUGCGCGGCGGCGGGGGCGGUGGCGGAGGUGUGGCGGAACUGGGCGCUGCUGGCGGAGUUUGGGGUGGCGGCGAUUCGGGAGCACUACAGCUGCGCGGUGGAUGUUCUCGGGCGCGCCGGGAUGCUGGAGGAGUCGGAGGAGGUGCUGGCGGCGAUGCCAUUCGUGCCCGACGAUGUGGCGCUGGGGACGCUGCUGGGGGCGUGCUGGACGCAGAGUGAUGUGAGGCGAGGGGAGAGUGUGGGGGGUCUGGUGCUGGAGAUGGAGCAGCACAGCCCAUCCAGGUACGUGCUCCUGGCAAACCUCCUGGCCACCGAGACCGUUGACCGUCCCGUUGACGUUCUAUGA